CUCUCUUUUGCUUUUAUGUUAUCAAAUCUUUGUUAUAGUAAAUACACAACAAACAUUUCAUAGUUUCCAACUAUAUAAAAACGACGCGAUGUUAUACCGCUCAAUUAAAUAACGGCACGGUGUUAGCCUGAGAAGAUAAAUCAAAAUCACUGCUUUGGCUUUCGUCUUCUUCACUUGGAGAAACACACAGUAAAAAAAAAACCUAAAAAGGGAUGAAACUCGCAGGUCUGAAAUCGAUCGAGAACGCACACGAAGACUCAGUCUGGGCGGCGACUUGGGUUCCGGCGACGGAAGACCGUCCGUCGUUGCUUCUGACGGGAUCUCUCGACGAGACGGUGAAGCUAUGGCGAGCGGACGAGCUGGAUCUUGUGCGGACCAAUACGGGACACUCCUUGGGAGUAGCAGCUGUGGCGGCGCAUCCUUCGGGGAUAAUCGCAGCGUCUUCUUCGCUCGAUAGCUUCGUCCGUGUCUUUGAUGUUGACACUAAUGCUACUAUUGCUGUUCUGGAAGAAUGCUUAGAAACUAUUUGGAAUUUGUAGCGAAGAUCAUACAGGAACUUAGAGUGUGAUGUAAUAUGGUCUGAAAUUCUAUCAAGACCAGCUUCUGAUUUGUUAAUGUUGACUUACGACUAUAGUCCCAGAACAACUGUUAUUAAUGAUUAUUAGGUGAAACAUCCAAAUCACU